UUUUCAGCUACAAGAGUUUGCAGCAACAGAAAUAUCUUGUGCUCUGUGGUUAGAUCAACUAGUUGUUCAAAGAAAAUCGUUUCCAGUCAUUGCCCAAGGCUUUGCAACACAUGUGGAGCAAAAUGUCGAAACAUAAAGGCGUCAAUGCGCGUUGAUUGUGGCUACCAUGGAAUUAGUCCGUUGGAUUGCUUGAGAAAGGGAUGUUGUUAUGGCGAAUUAAAGGUGGCUGGCCCGUGGUGUUAUCAUCAAAAAGGUAAAUUUUCGACUAUGUUUUCGGCAUUAACACUGACAAUUUGGGCCACUAAUUAUUUCUCAAAAUACUCUAGCAAACUGUCCCAUGAUUGAAGCAAACAAACGUGAAGAUUGUGGUUACCCUGGGAUAAGCAAAUCAGAUUGCGUCAAAAAAGGAUGCUGUUACAACGCGAUCAAGGAAAAGGGACCGUGGUGUUAUUACAGGCAAGAAAAAUGCCGGAAAAUAGCAGCAACAAGACGUCAUGAUUGUGGUUAUCCAGGCAUAACGAAGCGGGCAUGCGAGAAGAAAGGCUGUUGUUAUAGUGAAUUGCUAAACCAAAGUGGACCGUGGUGCUACCACCGCCUAGAAAAAUGUCUGCGCAAAGCAACAGAACGUGACGACUGCGGCUAUCCUGGUAUAACAGAAUUCGAAUGCAUGAAAAGAGGUUGCUGCUAUAAUUCAUUGCCCGGUCGUGGGCCAUGGUGUUAUUACCGAUGAGAUACGAGGACCUUCGGAAGAUUAUAUGCGAACUUUAGUGUACUCAUUGUUGUAAAAAUAUGUUGUCAAAUAAAUACCUCUAAUAUAUG